AUGGGGUCCACUUGCGUGUCUCUCGCUGCACCGGUGUCAGAAAAUGACGUCAGCAAACGCUUCAUAGAAGUCAUCGGCGGCGACAACAAGAUUCAUACAGUUGAUUUAGAAGAGGAAAUUAAUAAUGAACUUUUAGAAGAUUUGAGCAGACAUGCUCGGAACCGUUACCUAUUGUUCACUAGAUCUAACCCGUCUUCUUCUCAAGUCCUGGUGAUGAAUAAUGCCGAUUCGAUAAGGUCUUCCAACUUUAACCGUAACCAUGCAACCGUGGUUGUCGCCCACGGAUGGGCAAGCAACCACAACACAAACCUAAACCCUGCCAUUAGGAACGCUCUUCUCAGUAGACACAACGUGAAUGUAAUAAUCCUGGAUUGGAGUCAUCUGGCAAUGUCGAGUUAUGCUCUAGCCAUCUCCGGUUUACCGAAUGUCGGUCGUGGUCUGGGACAAUUCCUUGCCUUCUUGAGCAGUGUGACCGGAGCUUCCUUACAAUCUAUGCAUUUGGUUGGCUUCAGUUUGGGAGCACAUGUCGUGGGUAAUGCUGGAAAGGAGUUGAAUGGCAGAGUUGGACGAGUCACUGGUCUGGAUCCAGUUAGUCCCGUAUGGGAGAACAACAGAAAUGCCUUAGCAAGAACUGAUGGUAUUUACGUAGAAAUCAUUCACACGAACGGCCCAAGCAGAACUCCAAACAACAAUGUCGGAGAUGCUGAUUUCUAUCCUAAUGGAGGCAGCAACCAACCUGGUUGCUCAAACAGUAUUUGCAACCAUAACAGAUCUUGGGAAUUAUUCGCUGCUACGAUCAGUAACAAUCAUCUAGUCGGCAGAAGGUGCUCAAAUCUACGUGAAGUGGAAGCGAAUACUUGUCAAGGAAAUACACUAGUUAUGGGAAAUGCUGUCGCUAACAAAUCUGGAUCCGGCUUGUACCGCUUGACGACUGGAAAUCGACACCCAUUCUAAAACUCAGAGUCAACUAAAAAACAAACCUGUCAAAUUCGCC